CCGUGAUAUUGUUGUUGUUGUUGUUGUUGUUGUUAUUAUUAUUAUUAUUAUUAUUAUUAUUAUCAUUAUCAAGAGGCUGUAUGGCCUGGAUGUAUGGACUGGAUGGCCUUUAGGGGUCUCUCUUAUUUCUGUGACUGUAGGAUUGUAUUAUUAUUUUUAUUGUGGCAAUAUUGGAAGGCCAUCUAUCAGGAGUGUUUGGAUUGUGUCCUCCUAUAUGGUAGAAGGAAGUUGUACUGGAUGAUCUUUAGGGGUCUGUGCAAACCUUAGGAUUGUAUGUUGUUGUUGUUGUUGUUGUUGUUGUUGUUGUUAUUAUUAUUGAGAGGUUGGGUCACCAUCUGUUGGGAGUGGUUGGAUUGUGUCCUGCAUGGCAGAUCGUGGGAGGUGUUAGCUGGCCCUGAUUGUUUAGUGUCUGGAAUUCCCCUGUUGUAAGAGUGUUGUUUUUUAUUUGGUGUUCUGAUUUUAAGCUUGUUAAAAUAUUAGAAGUUAUGUUGUGUUGAUUGUCAUGGUUUAUAGCAUAUAUUUAAAAUAUUGAAUAUUAAAAUGGGUUGGAUAUUGUAGAAGGUUGGAUAAGGGAGAGUGUAGUGGAAAUAAAUAAUAUAAAUAAAUAAAGUGUGUGUAUAUAUAAUUAUAUAUAUAGUAUAUAAUUGUAUAUCUUGUAGAGCUUCUGUGUGUCUUUGUGGAAUAGUGUAGAAUGACUGGUGGGCGGGUUUGCUUCUUUUUCUUUCUGUUGUGAGAGUGAAUAAUCCGGAUAAUAGGUGGGCGCUAGGACCCAGGGGACAGCAUUUUCCCAUUGCCUGCCUUUCCUCUAGCCGGCAAGCUGGAUUGUUCUGGUCUGGCCAUGAGGCUUCUCCUUCCCCCCCGGCAUGGCUCCCCGCGUCCGUGGUUCUCUCCUUUUAGUGAGGGAAAGUGGGUGCCGCCAUUGUUGCUCUCCUGGUCAGGAGAAGCAGGAGGAGCUGGGAGAGUGCGGCUGACAUGCUGGUCAUGGAGGAGGCCAGAGGUUGUGUCGUAGGUUCCUGCAAAAAAUAUUGUAGUGACGGAAUAAAGGGAAUGAAUUAACUACAGCUCACCUAAGAAACAAAAUAAGGAUUUGUCACUACCAACUACAGUUCUCCAUUAAUUUAGCUUUUUCGUGACAGCCAAUAAUAGUAUAUCCAGAAUGAAUUUAUUAUACUUCUCUUCUUGCCUACAAAAAAGGUGUAUUUAUGAAAGACAGCCUGCAAGUAUUCCCACAGCUUUCACUAUUUUCUUCUUCUGAUCUUUGGAUGAAUGACUUCCACAAAGAGUUUGGGAAACUCCUUAACAAGCAGCUUAUAGAUUAAGCCAGUGUUCCUUCCAGCCAUAUCCACCAAUGUUACAAAGAAAAAAAAAGAAAAAAAAAAGGGGGGGGGUAAUAAAGGAGCCAGUGUCUCUGGUGGGAAGGCACAAGCCCUGAUUGCAAGAAGACAUGUGCAGUACAGCAACUUGAGGCGUUUCCCAUUCCAUACCAAGAACAGUCUGGAAAUGAAACAAGACCCAGGCUCUAAUAAAGUGGAUUCUUUCCAAGCAUUUGAGAAGCUUUGGACAGCUGCAAUUAGGAUGGGAAGUUUCAGAGUCUGGGGCGAAACGAGAAAACAUUCGAACCAAAACCAUUUCUCACCUAGAACCAAGCUGAAUGCACUUGUCCAAUGAGCUGCAAGGAGAUAAACAAAGUGACUGAGAUCUCAUGGAAGAACUGCUCAGAUGACUUGGUGUGUGAAGAAGAGCUAUUGUUUGCCAGUGUCAAAUGCACAGAAGAUUCUGUAGAAACAAGCAAGGCAACAACAAACCUUUUGGAGUUUCAAGACAGCUUGGAAAAAGGCCAGAUGAACAACUGUAAAGAAGGCCCCCUUCCCAACAAUGGCAUCUCAACAAGCCAAAGCUCCUUGCAGUGCCACUUUGUCAGCCUGAAGCAGCAGAUUGCCCAGCAGAAGGCAGAGUACGAAGCAAAGGUUUUCAGCCUAGAGCAACAGAACGAAGAAUUACAGCUAGAGAUUAAGGAUCUGCAUUCAAAACUAGGACAGCACCGGAAGUGGUAUCAUUUGGUGGAAAUUAAAAUGCGCAAUGCGGAGAGGGCACAUGAAGAUGCAGAGAGAAGGAAUCAACUCCUUCAGAAGGAAAUGGAAGAAUUUUUUGAUACUUUUGGAGAACUGACAAAUGAAAUAAAGACACCAGGGCAAGCUGCUCAACAUUUUUAGAUGCUCGUUGGCCUGAAAAUGAAACAAUGCCUUCUAAAUUACUAUUCAAAUGAAAAAGGUAAAAAUCCUGGACUUUUCUUUUCAAAUCAAUAUAAUCAGAGCAUUAUAAAAGAUGCUUCUUGCUUAUAUUUUAAAUAAAACAUUUAAAUUGUACUUUAUAGAUUGGCAUUCCAUACAUUUUGUAGAAAACCAAAAUUAUUCUCUGUAAAGAAUUAAAAAAAAAACAGGAUUAAGAUGUUAAUUAAGAGGGAGGAAAUGGAAUAUGGAAAAAUUUGGAAUGAAGCAAAUUUUUGAAAAAUGUCAGGUGCUAGGAAAGGCUGCAAAAGGAAGCUAUUGGUACUACUAUCAAAAUUGUGGUAAAUCUCAGCCUGGUGCCCACAAAAGGAGAAAAGUAGAGGACAGAAUGCUUGGGAUAACUCUGAAGUGUGAAAUCAUUUUCCAGGCUUUUGCAAUCAAUUCAAAAUAUUACAAGGUGCAAAAAACACAGGAAGACUACAAGGCUCCAUCAUUGGCCACAAAAAUGUGCUGGGAAAUCUCACAUGUCACGAUGCUCAGAUGGUUAUUGCAGUAAAUGGAAACAUGGAAAAGCUGGAGAAUAAACACACAUUUUCAGAAAAGUAGGGCUACUAUUCAGAAAAAAGGAGGCAGCUAGAAUCAUCCACCCAUUAUCUUUAAAAAUAUUGUAACAUUGAAAUAAAAUAACUUGAAACAGAGAGUAGGACAAGGGAAAUAAAAGUAUCUUUGUUAAAUCUG